UACAGUAGGCGGCGGUAAUGCAAUUUGUUACUCCGCAAACAUCCGACACACAAUACGAGUUGCUUCCGCGUGUGUUAUUAGAUUUGUUUUUAAUGUUAUACUUGGUAAAAUGUCAAAACUAGAUAUGUUACGUUCACAUUUGUUGAAUCGUAUGUCCGCUGUCAUUCGUGAGAUCUUUGAGGAGGUGGAGGUAACAGUCAAGGAUUACCGAGAGGAGGCUGAUCGCACUCGAACAGAGAACGCAAAGCUUAAACGACAACUGAGGGAUGUUUUGAUCAGGACAGAGAAACAUUUAAACGGACAAGUCCAUCAAAUCUCUCAGCAUAUUACUGAUGAAGUUUUCCCCACAGAACUACCAACAGGUGGGUCUGGGUACCAAAAGGAAACAGAAAACCAAGAGACUUUGCAAACAAAGGACCAUGGCCAGAGUCCAGAUUCAUUCAGUGACGAGAAACCAUGCUUACGAGACUUCAUUUCAAUGAGUAAAACAGAUUCAGAGGAUAUGGAGUCAGUGCAUUUAAAAGAGAGCUCCUCCAUAUCAUCUUUAUCUUCUAUGGAAGAACAGCAGCUUGUUUCUCAGGGUAUAGAUAAGAGGUGGAAUGCAAACUUGCCCACUGAUACGAUCAAGACUGAGCAGGAUGACACUAUUAUCACAAUAACAUCAUCAGUUAUUACUGCCCCUGCAGGUCAGUGUCACGGCUCAGACACAACACACCAACUAAGAACAGGUUGUGACACUUCAACCACAUUGAAUAAAGCACAGAGGAAAGAGCUCCAUUGCACGCGACACUCCACUACUAUAGCAGACAGUCGUGAUCGCAACGGGCCAUAUAAGUGUAACAAGUGUGGAAGGCUGUUAAAGGACUUGACAAAACUGCAGUUGCACAGGAAGUUGCAUGAAAGAUCCUUCAGCUGUCACUGGUGCGGCAGAGACUUUUCUAAGGUUGAUUAUCUUCGCAUGCAUAUGCGCACGCACACGGGAGAGCGGCCAUAUCGCUGUAACUGGUGCUCAAAGACCUUCACUCAGUGUGGCAACAUGAGGAGGCAUGAGCGCACAUGCCAGAUGUUUACUAAAUAAGCAACAGCAUACGCACACGGAGAUAGACCACUUCUUAAGUUGUGAAAUGUUUUGAGAGCUAAAUGUUGCAGGAUCAGUGCAGGUUUCCCUCAAAACUCAUCUGAAAAAGCAGUAACGUCUGUUUAAUUUGUUUUCAGACCUGAGCCUUUGUUUUGGAAACUGGUGCGUUUUCUCCUUUGGUUUGAUUCGUUUAGGCCUAUGUGAACACACCAAUCCGCACCAAAACAAACUUGCAAACUACUCUGGAGCAUUUUGGUGUUAGUGUGAAGGCAAUCCGACCCAAUGGACCAACAAACAGGCUCUCUUAUUUCUUUUUUAAUAGUGCUGGGCAAAGAUUAAUUGCGAUUAGUCGCAUACAAAAUAAAAGUUAUUUUUGAUAUGAGUGCUGCACUGCAAAAAAUGAUUUUCAAGAAAAAAAUUCUUAGUAUUUUCGUCUUGUUUUCAGUAAAAAUAUC